AUGACCCUGGCAAGUCUUAAGAUCUCCAUCUUGCUGCUGGGCAGUAUAGCUCUAGCAUGCUUGGCCUUGGACCUCCUCUUCCUCCUCAUCUACUGCUGCUGGCUGUGCUGCCGCCGAAAGAAGAGCGAUGAGCAGCCAAACGCAGACUGCUGCUGCACCGCCUGGUGCGUCAUCAUUGCCACCCUCAUCUGCAGUGCCGGCAUUGCUGUUGGUUUCUACGGCAAUGGUGAGACCUGUGACGGUGUGAAUCGGCUUACCUACUCCCUCCGUCAUGCCAACCGCACCGUGUCCGGAGUGCACAGACUGGUGACAGAAAGUACAUCAGCUCAGAGCCAGACUGUGGACGAGAACCUCCGGCUGCUGAAGGACCAGUAUGCAAAGCACACAGACUACCUGUCCAUCAUACAGAAACUCCAGGAUCAGCGGAGCGAGCUGGUUCGUCAGAUGGCUGACAUUCCCUUUUGGAGAAAUCCCAGCAUCUCCCUGGAGAAUCUGGCAACCCAGAUUGAACUGUAUGACUGGUACAGGUGGCUGGGCUACCUGGGUCUGCUGCUGUUUGAUGUGCUCAUUUGUCUGCUGGUGCUCUUCGGCCUCGUCCGUAACUCCAAAGGAACUCUGAUUGGGGUGUGUUUUCUGGGUGUGUUGGCGUUGGUAGUCAGCUGGGCCUCACUCGGUCUGGAACUGACUGUCUCCUCGGGCUUCAGUGACUUCUGUGCAGCACCGGACAUGUACAUAACCAAGGUGUCAGAGCAGAACAUGCUUAUCAAAGAAGAUACCCUGCAGUAUUUCCUCGCUUGUAACAUAGGUCAGGUCAACCCCUUCCAACAGAUGCUGUCAGGAAGUCACAAAGCACUGGUGGAAAUGCAGGACGAUGUGUCAGAACUACUGCGCUCUGCAGUCCGGGAUUACCCCAAAACAAAGGGAAACCUUGACCAAAUUCAGGGGGGUUUGAACACCACUGAAGUUGGACUGCACCAGCUCACUGCUCUUGUGGACUGCCGCAGUUUGCACAUGGAUUAUGUGCAGGCAUUGACCGGAGUGUGUUAUGAUGGACUAGAGGGUCUGAUCUACCUGGUGCUGUUCUCGUUCAUCACAGCUCUCAUGUUCACCUCUGUCGUCUGCAGUGUGCCACACACAUGGCAUGGCAAAAGGCCUGAAGAGGACAGUGAGGAGGAGUCCAUGGCUCAUGGAGGAAGAGAGAAUCAUGAUAACCUGUACCGGGUGCACAUGCCCAGUCUCUACAGCUGCGGCAGCAGCUACGACAGCGAGACCAGCAUCCCUGCAGGAGCGCACGCUGUCAGCAACGCUCCUGUCACGGAGUACAUGACCCAGAAUGCAAACUUCCAGAACCCUCGCUGUGAGAACACUCCUCUGAUCGGGAGAGAAUCUCCUCCUCCAUCUUACACAUCCAGCAUGAGGGCCAAGUACCUGGCCAACACCCGAACCGACCCCAACAGCGGUUCCUCAGCAAACUAGAGGAACAGUCUCCUUUCCUUUCAGUCUAAAGCUCCCACUCAUCCACAUGUUGUUCCCACAGCCCAGACCAGUUUCACCCCCGGCCCACCCAUCCAGCCAUGUUGAUCUUUGAUGCGUGCUCUACCCAGCUGAUAAAGGACGCCCUUGCAUCAUGUAAAUACUGCUGUCAGAGGAAUGUUCCAGAGGUCUCUUGUGCUGUUUCCAGAUGACUGGUUCAGUUCAGGCAGCUAGUAGGGUUACUCUCAGCCCUGGCUGCUUAUGUGUGAGUGUCUGUAAUGAUACGAGCUUCAUUACCUGCAGAUACAUUGAGUGACGUGUGUGUGUGUGUGUGUGUGUGUGUAUGUGGGUUGAUCCAUGCUGCCCUUGCUCAUUUGUGGUGCUCUUGGCAGAGGUUCAGAAAGGUCCAGAACUGAAGAACUGGAUGGGGUUUAAUGCCUAUAACCCUACAUUCCUGCGUGGCCUCUGUCCUCUGCUCAUUUAAAGUAAUGUGACCUUUUCCAUUUGCAGGACAUGCUGGCAUAUCCCGACUCUACAGUUUACUUUAGUGGCAUCUACUGUAAUAUAACUGAACAGAUCUAAUCUGAAUAGCAUGAGAGCAAUGAGAAUUUUCCCAGAAUUCUAUAAUUGGGUUCCUCUUCUUUAGGCCUAGAUAGCAGUUUUUAAAUUUAACAUUAGCUGCUCUAAUGAAAUGGUGAGAGCGAAACACGCUUUAUGCUAGUAAACAAAUGCAAACGCCAAGAAUGUGUUGAUUGAUUGUACAUGCUUUGGCAGUAACCUCGAUACUCCGAGGUUACAGAGCCAGAUGUUUUAAGUAGAUUUAUUUACUGAAUUUCUAAUAUAGUCUACAUAAGUGAGUGAAAGAAUUCAAGAGUCGUGAAUGCCGCUAUCUGGCAAGAUGCAGAAUAUAUUUGGCACAAUUCUCACAGUGCAUUGGUAUUCACUAGCAGUUAAACAUUUAGUGUACAUCAGAUGAGUGUACUGUACUUGAUUGUUCACUAUGUUAGCAGACACCAAAUAGUGCACUAUAUUUCAGACACAGCACAAGGUUUCUCUUCAAAAGUUGCUUUGUCAUGACCGUAAUGGAACUUAAAGAAAUGCUUGCUUUAACAAACUUGUUGCGUUACAGAUUUCAGUGUAAUGCAUGAAAUCAAGAUAGCUUUUGCAUUCUUCUACUUGUGUAUAGUACUGUAUGUUUUAGGACUAAAUCUGUAGCAUACACUUGUUGUGAGAAGAUUGUUUUUUUUUUUGUUUUUUUUUAAUCUCAUUUACAGGCUUGAAUUGUCAGUGGGAAAUUAUGGUUUGUUGAUGCUGUUUACCUAUUGAAGUGCUUGCUGGGUUUUUCUCAAUACACAUGGACUGAAUUAUUACUCAUUCUACUGGGCUAUAUCCACUGCCAUUACUGGAAAACCUGGACAACUGCUAUUACAUCCAAGUACUUUCAAUCUGAAUUCGACAAAACUCUAAAAAUGCUUAGUCUGAUGCUGGAACCAUAUCUGAACAUUACAUUUGUCCUAAUACUGUACAAACAUGGAGAUGCUGGGACCAGCUUGGGUGAUUUGUCAUCGCUUAUCUGUUCUAGGAGAGCAGCUGGGAGGAGCUCAUUGUAGUGCACACAAUGUAGACUUAACAUUUGGGCCUUGAUUUGCUGAUCAGUUUAGUCCUCAGGAAAGGGGACACCAAUAUGGCAGAAAGUCAUUUUUAUUCAGAGAAAUGGAAAAGAGCCUGCAAGCCUCUGUAAUUUGUGCUGUAAUUCAGUGUGACUUUCAAAGGCCACAGUUUCCUGGGCUUGUUGCUUCUGUACCACAAAUUGCUUUCAUUUCCAGAGCUGAGGGGAAGCUUGCCGUCCCUGAAGAAGAGAUAAAAGUGAUGUGCUGUAAUAUUUUUCCCUUGAUGAGAGCACAGACACACAGGAGCCUUUCUCCUCAAAAGACCUCUCAUGUAUUAGACUGAGUCUAGUAUGAACACGUCUCCCCUCUGGACCUUAUAAAGUGCUGCCAUUGUUUUCAUACCAUGGGCAUCAUCGGUCUCCCCUUUGCCCAAACCUCAGGACAGACUGCCUCCUUCCUCGCACUGCAGACAUGUUGAUUUCAGGACACCGAGUCAUUACCACAUUUUCAGGGCUCAACAAAAAGUCUUAACAUUUUUAUUAUCCACACAAUCUAAAUUCUCAAUGAUAAAGGUUCAUAAUUUAUGAAGAAUAGAUAAAGCAUUGGUUAGGCCUUUCAUUCUUAUUGUUUGGGCCUGAUUUUCCAUCUCAUAGAGAUCUGCGUGGGAUUCGCAUACAUGCAUGCUGUUUAAAUGCAGAUUAAUAACAAAUGCCAAUGUGGCAAAGUUGCUCCUGAGGUCCCAGACGUUUAUGAAAACAAGCAAGAACUUCAUGGAGAAAAUGACUAAAGGGAUGUAUUACAGCUAUAAGCAUUGUGUUCUUCAGCUGUUAUUGGACCGUGUAAGCUUUUUUGCUUCUCAAAGGCAUUGUCAUCCUAUAAAUGUGGAGUGGAACCAUGUUGUGUGCUACUGACGCAUGCAUUGCUUUCUCAGUUGAUGCUUUUGUGUCCGUACAUCCUCGACUGUGCCAAUAACCGACAGCUUUCGUGUAUCUCUAAAUGUUUCCAAUCAUUGAAGUGGACUCUCGUGAGCUCUGUGUGGCCUGAGCAACCAAAUGAGACUCCUUUGAACAUGAGCCUGAUGCUGUGGGAGUAUUUUGAUUUUUCUCUGUAAAUGACCACAUUAGUGAUGAUGCAAUCUGUUUUGUUUUUUCUUGUCAUUUAAUCCUUUGGUAAUGUCAAAAUGCAAAAAAAAAUAAUGUAUAUACAGUACAUGAACAAAUGUUUGCAAGAAAAUGCCCCAUUAAGGACAUGAAAAUGUGAUGUGAUAUAGUACGAACAGGAUUUUUUAAAAUUACGUUUUCAUUUGAAUUUCUUAGUCCUUGUGGCAUAUUUUCAGACUUGUUAGGAAGCACAAAAUAUUUACUCUUUCAUGCGAUUUAAAUGAUUUUGGUCUUUUAUCAAGAUGCUUUUAUAUGACUUCAGCUUUUCUUUUCUUUUUUGUUCAAUUACUAAAAUAUUGUAAAUGUAAAGGCUGUGGUUUUAUUGAGCUUGAACUGUGUUUUCAGAUUAAAAACUAACAUUAACUGA